AUGGAUUCGACGCGGAUACCGAAACAACUUUUAUACGGUCAGCUGAGUAUAGGGAAGCGGCAUGCUGGGAAACCAAAGUUACGUUACCAGGACAUGAUUAAAGUGAGCCUCACACGUUCUAAUCUUGAUUGCAGAUCAUGGGAAUCGAAGGCGGUUGAUCGUGGUGCAUGGCGCGAUCUAAUCACGAAGGCAGUUGCUGAGGUGCGGGAGAAAUCCCUCAUGCAUGCAGAGAAGAAGCGGCAGUUGCGGAAGCGGCAAGCACCGAUGAAUUGUACUCCAUCGACAUCGAGCGCAUUGUGCUGUAGAACAUGCGGUCGCGAGUGCCUUAGUCAGG